GCCCCUUGACAUUCAAUGGUACAAUGGUUGGAUUCUCUCUUGUUGGAGAUAGUCAUUGUCAGCGAAGUACAGAAAGCAGUGAACACUUCUCAGGGAUUGUACCAGAGAUGGACCGAGUUACUGGCCGAUCCCUCUUCAGCCAGCAAGGAGGAGUGUGACUGGACAACUAAUGAACUUCGGAAUAGUCUCCGGAGUAUCGAGUGGGACUUGGAGGACCUCGAUGAGACUAUUAGUAUUGUAGAGACAAAUCCUCGGAAGUUUAACCUUGAUCCAGUAGAACUGAGUAAGAGGAAAGCGUUCAUCACCAAUACGAAGCAAAUUGUGAAGGAAAUGAAGGAUCACAUGUCCAGUUCCUCAAUGCAGGCAUUAGUGGAGCAGAGGAACAGACAGACUUUGCUAAGCACCAGAGGAAACCAGGGACUGAACUCCACUUCUGACAAAUAUAGCCGGCUGGACCAAGAGUUGCAGGCAGCGAAUUCGCAAUUUAUUGAGGACCAGCAUAUGCAACAGCAGCUGAUCACAGAGCAGCAGGAUGAUCAGCUGGAGCUGGUAUCCGGCAGUAUUGGUGUUUUGAAGAACAUGUCACAGAAGAUUGGGAAUGAGUUGGACGAGCAAGCAGUAUCGGCGUCAGUGGUGUGGAAUUGUCAUUCUACUUAUCAUCUUGGUCGUGGUGCUGAUAUUAUUGUUCACUAUCUAAGCCUGAACUGUUUGUGUUGGAGAGGGAGAAUGGAAGAGCAGGCGCAAAAGGCUAAACAAGAGAACAGCCCUGUACUCUGUGGUGCAUGCUUUCCAUGGGUCGGCCUGGUUGUGAGGUGUUUCUCCAGCAAACAUGUCCUACUAACCCGACCAUCGACAUUACUAACUGCAGAAUUAUUGUUUUAUUCCAGUCAUUCAUUUGCAAAAAUUGCUGAAAUGAAAAAACAGGUCUCUCCCUCCCCCCUCCUCAACCUCCUCUCUCUUCUCCCCCCACCAAACUCUAACAUGCAACUCUGAGGGAAGGAGACCUAUUGUCGGGUAUUUCCCCAAAUCACUGCUUUACAAAUAUUCCUUUUUUUAAAAAAAAAACAUAUGUUUUUGGUCAACAUCUUAGUGCCUUAAGCAAAUGAUAUAGGCAGUUUGCCAUUUUAGCUCACUGGUGUAUUUGACUCCUGUGAUGCACGUAUUCAUGGUCGACUAGAUGUAAUCAGAGGUGAGCGUUUGCCUGUUUCUGACUGCACAGCUGAUAAGCUAGCAACCAUUUUACACUUUUGUCCUUGACUGACCCAUUAUUCUCAUGAGGAUUGGGUAUUGAGCUGGCCUUGGGAGAAAACUGCGCAAAUCAAUUCCAGUCCCCCUCAUGACUGACAUUUAGGAGUCCCUCACACUCUGAUCCUGAGCUCCUGUCACAUUCAGAGGGCAAUUUAUUUUGGCGAUAUUAACACAAAAUGAUCUUGGUCAAAUACACGUGUAUUACCCACUAUCCUACCAGUUGAGGGAGUCUGCGGUCUGGUGCUGAUGUCACUAAUAUAGAAGACCAGGCUAAUGUUCUGAGGGCAUCAGUUCAAAUCCCACCCUGACAUCAUGUGUAAUUUAACUUCAAUUAAUAAAUCUAGUCUAAGUAAUGGUGACCACGAGAACCAUUGUUGAUGUAAGAAAAGAAACAUUCGAGAACCAAAUGUCCUUGAGGGAAGGAUAUCUGCCAUCCUUACUUGGUCUGGCCUGACAUGUGACAGUAAUGUGGUUGACCCUUACCAGCCCUCUGAAAUGGCUGGGCAAGUUCAAGGGCAAUUUAGGGUGAGUACCAAAUGUUGGCCUUGCCAGUCACACUGACAUGAAUGAAAAGAUUAAGAAUUACCCUUUCCCAGUUAGAUGUCAGCAUUGUUCUGAUUAGCACAGUUCACUUUUUGGAAAAAAACAUUGGGGCAAGGUGUAUGGGCCAAGUGGCCUUGUUUGCAAAGGUGGGAGUGCAUCUAAAAUAUUGUGCUCAAGAAUUUCAAGCAAUAACUUGGACAGAGUUUUAGAUGCACAUGCCAACUGCUCACCAGUCUCAAUGUUCAUUAUCUUCAUCCUCCCACUGCGCCCAGAUUUCCUCUAAUCUGCAAAUACUACCUGGUGUUUGCCUUUAAAAUCAGUUUCUUUCCAGGCAAGAACAUUUCCAAGAGUAAACCUUUGCAAUGUGUACACUACUUCACAAUACAGUUGGCAUAAUUAAAAUGUCCUUGUGAUUAGAUUGCACUGAACUUUGUGCGUGUGUCACCUGCAUUUUGUAUCUAUAUUUUUGCACUGACUGUAAUGAGACACUACUUUUCUGCUAUCUUUUGUUCCUCUCUGGAGAAAUAACAGCUAAAGUAAUUAGACUACCAGUGCACACCACUGAAAAAACCCUUGCGUUCCUUAAUCGGGGCCAGUUUGUGCCUAUAGACCUUCUACUUGCCCAUUCUGUUGCUUGCAGAAACUCUUGACUGCCAGCCUUGCUCCAACAACCUGAAUCCUGCAGGGUGUGGAUAUUCCCAGGUUCAGUCCCCACUCGGUGCUUAUCUCUGUGUAGCAGUAGUGUACUGCUUGAUUUUGGAGGAAGGGGACAGGAUGUCAACCAGAUUUCCAGCUCUUGUUGACUGGCAAGUGACCUGGUUCACUGUGUCUGUCUGGAUUUUGGAAGCGAGUGGGGCGAGCCUUGGAUUGCAACACUGCUCAUAUGAAUGCUUUCUGACACUCUGGGUAAAUAGAUAUGGUUUAGGUGUCUGGAACCAUACUCAGACAAGGAUAGUGGUGAUGGAAGCCUUUUGGGGAGAAUUGGGGUGAUGUUGGGACAUGAAUUUGUUGCAGUGAUGAUUAGCUUCAAAGCAUUUAAAGAAUGAUCUAAUCGAGGGGCUUGAAAUGAUUAAAGUCGUCAGGAGGAUGGUUUGCGAAAACCUUUUUGCUCAGCCAACAUUUAAAAUUGGAAUUGGUUUAAUGGACAAAUUUUUUUUUUAAAAAAACAAUGAAUGUUUAAUUUUUCUAAUACAGUAUUAGCUGACAUUUAGGUGUAAUUUUAAGAAACAAAAUUGUUGUUAGGGCUGUUGUGAUCAUUGUAAAAGUUAAAUCAUCCAAAAGUACUUUAAUGUGGUCCAAAACCCAUGUUGGAUGUGAUGUUACCAUCUUUGAGAAAUCUGUUGGAAAGCACUUGAGAAGAAACUUGCUGGUGACACCUUCAUACAACUAAGCAUUGAGAGUAACCCUUGCUCCCUGGACUUUGCCAGAGGAGCAGUAAAGGAACAGUGACCAAUCCCUGUCACCAUUCUCCCAAGGUGUCUAAUAGGGUGGUAGAGGGUCAUGGCCAUGGACACUCUGUCGAUGCCAAGUGUGGCACUGUAGGUAAGCAGUCUCUCCUGAGUCUGAAAUUCGUGGGUUCAUAAUUGUAAUUGUGCAUGUAAUUUAGGUUCACGCUCCCAGUGCUGUGCUGAGGGUGCUGCACUGUCAAUAUGCUGUCUUCUGAUUGAUUGAGGUCCUCUCUGGUUUCUCCAGAGAGCAUAAAACAUCUCAUCAUCAUUUUGAAGAGCAAGACUGACCUGGACAAUGUUUAUCCUUCAUCCUACAUCAAUGUAUAUUUUUUAAAGUUAUAGGCUCAUUAUCACCUUGUUGGCUGCGUGAUCUUGCUGUGCACAAACUGUUUCCUACAUUGCAAAAAUGACUACUCUUCAGAAGUACUUAAUUGGCUGUUAAAAUGCUUUAGGAUGUUCUUGAGAUAAAUUGCAAGGUAACUUUGUGUCUUCUGAUCUCUGUCUUGCAAUCUGAUGUGUAAAUAAAUGAUGUAUAGUUAUCCCCA